AUGGACGGGGCCAAGCCAGUGGUGGGCGGGAAGCAGGAGCUGGAAGGCGCGCUGCUCCAGAUCGUGCAUCAGCACCACCACCAAUCCCUCCGCCAACGCCAGCAAACUGAGAGAGCGAAGAGGGAUGCUUUGAGAAGCGCGGUGCGGGUCGCGGAUCUGCUUGUGGCCACGGUCGACGGCGGGGUGCAGGAGCUCUUCGUCAACGAGAAGCGCGUUGAGCUUGAGGCCCGCGCGCUGCUCGGUACCAUCGCGCGCUACAGGAAGCAGACGGAUCAGUGGCUCGCUGCCACUAACGAGAUCAACGCAGUCUUGAAGGAAAUUGGAGAUUUCGAGAACUGGAUGAAGAUCAUGGACUUUGACUGUAAAAGUAUCAAUGUAGCCAUACGAAACAUUCAUCAGUCAUGA